UACAAAAGUUAAAGUAAAGUAUGAGUAAAACUGAAUCACAGAAAGUGACAACUGUGUUUUUCCCCCUUCAGCAAACAGUGGAAAAAUCCAGUUUAAGAAGGUAAAAGAUAUUUUUACAGAUUGUCUGUAAUUUUCUGAUUUUGGAUCCUUAAAAGGUUUUUACAGUCGAUAUCUUUUAGAUAAAAUCAUUUUCUUCAAGGAGCAAACAGGAAGCCCAAGAAAGGAACAACAAUAUAGUUGAGAAAAUAAGUAUUAAACAUCUCAAAACUUUUUUCACUUAAUAUGUUUUUAAUGUGGCUAUUAACAGGAACGCCAAACAAAUGUUGACAACAAUGCAAGCAAUCUUGCACUCAUCCACAAUAACCUCCUUGUCUGUUUAUUGUGCAAGACUCCACUGCUGAAGAAAAAGCCAUUCAAUGAGUUAAAAUCAAACCUGUGCAAUUCAUGUGAUCUGUGCAAUUCCACUUUUUUUUUACAUUACUUAUGUAUUAAUUUCUUUUGCUUUCUUUGUAGGUGUGGAUUACUUGAAUUGUUACUGAUAUCUGGUCUAUAUUUCAUGUCACUAAGUCAAUUAGAAUAAUUUUACUGAGAAAACAAGGGCAUUCUUAGUAUUGUUUUUCCCUUAUUUAUGCAUUGCACUCGAAACACACUUUUAAAUUUUUUUUGAUAUGAUGGCCUACAAGUGAUACUGAAUACACUCAUAUUUGCUAUGGAUGUUUAUUUAGUAGUAAACGUAAAACAUAUGUGAAGACAAUGAUAAAAGUUUUUUUUUCUUAAAAAUUUGAACAUAAGGAUCAAAACUAUUCUAUAUGAAUGAGGAUUGUGUUCAAGUUACUGCAACUCAUCUCUUGAAGAAAACAAGUAUCCUUGGGAUGAAAAAAAAUAUGAAGGAUUCCACUCCUUUGGGAAUAUUUUUUGUUCACAAUUUAACCCUUAGUAGAAACCUAGAAGAGAUCUGAAUGAUUUUGACCCUGUAAAAGUGUCCAGAGGAGAUGACACGCUUCAAAAAGAGAGCAAAAGAAGAAGUUACAGGAUGCCAGCUUUUUUCCCUGCAUUUCAGGAGGCUGUCCCUAAAUUGUUGAGCGCAUAAGAGGCUCCCUGUGUGCGACCCUCUCAGCAUUCAAGGCCAGAGUGUGAGGGGAUUGGACUAUUGUGAGCCUCUCUGUGUGUUGUCUACAGAGAGGGGGAGCGCGAAGGAAGAGAAAAGAGAGCAGCAGUAGCUUUCAACUCAAGUUAUUUGCUGAAGCUUGAAUUCAGAGGUGCACUUUAAACUUAUGAAAACAUUUCUAUCCACAGCUGCGUCCCAGCUCUCCAGAGCUACUCUUAUCUCUUCGACCCCACUGUCUUAUCCGCCGCGCACCCCCUCUGCCGAUUGUCGGCCUGACCUGCUUCCCAGGGAACUCGACGGGGCAAGAAGAGGCUGCAGAGCAUUCAUCAAGUGGUGGAACAGUAAGAGGUAGCCAGAGCCACCAUGGCCUUGUCCCAGGAGAGAAGUGCGUGUCUGGGGCUGGUGGUGCUCCUUUUGCUUGGUGCAGGCAUGGAGGACGUUGUGGAGGGAUGCAGUUGCCACCCAUCACAUCCACAGCAGCUCUUCUGCAGCGCUGAGAUUGUGAUAAGGGCAAAGAUCUCUGGAGAGAAGAUUGUGUCGCCUAGCAACAGCUCCUCACCUUACAUGAAGAUGAUCCAGUACGAAAUCAAAAUGAUCAAGAUGUUCAAAGGUUUUGACCGAGCCAAGGACAUCCAGUAUGUGUACACUCCUGUCUACUCUUCACUCUGUGGAGUCAAACUGGACUCCAAUAACAAAGCAGGCUAUCUGCUCUCAGGAAGCAUGUGGAGCGAUGGACGGAUUUCUAUCGGCCAGUGUGACCUGGUGGAGUCGUGGGACAACUUAUCGCUGUCACAAAAAAAGAACCUUAACUACAGAUACCAGAUGGGCUGUGAAUGCAGAAUCAACACGUGCUACACGGUGCCUUGCGCAUCUACAGGAGAGAACGAGUGCCUGUGGACGGACUGGCUGCUGGAUAACAGUCUGAAUGGGGAGCAGGCUCGGCAGUAUGCCUGCAUCCGACGAUCGGACACAAGCUGUGGCUGGUACCGGGGUGGGCCUCCGCCUGAGAAGGACUUCUUGGACAUGACCGACCCGUGAUCUGUAACACCGACUUAAAAAUCCCUUAGGGAAAAUCCAACCCUGCUUUUGGCAUAUUUAGCACGCAUUUGGCUUGCAAAGAAGCAACUAGAAAAAAAGUGGAAAAUUUGCUGAUUUUUCAAACCCGCUGGAGAAAAAGCUGCCAUUAAGCUAUCGGUGGCAAAGUUCAGGCAGUUGAUCCAGCAACAGGAAAAUAAAUAUUUAAAGUGCAGGGUCUUUGAGCAUUUCUCUGACUCAUUUUCAUACAUUCCUCUUCACAUGUUGUUACAGAGUGAGAACAGCAGCAGAAUAUCCACAGCUAAUAUUUCACUUUUGAGUGAAGGUUUUUGCCUCAUUGUAAAUGCACUCCUUUUAAGCCCUAUGAUUAUUUGUGUGAUGUACAAUAGGUGAAAUAGCAAUUUAAGUUCUGAAUUUACAGAAGUGCUAAAGAAAUGUUUAAGAACACUAAAAUAAUAGAAUCCUUUCUUGUAUCAACCUUGCAGAGUCUAAUCACGUGUAUCCUGACUGCAGCAUCCUGAUGUUGAAUUUCUAUCUGAAAUGCUGACACAAAUGAAAAUACACUGAAUAUACUGUGCUUUGUAAAGGUUUUAGGCACUUAAGCUGCAACAAGGGUGCAUAAUGUGCAAUUGCAGAAUAGUUUUAAUUUAUUGGUAUAAUUAAAAGUGAUGUGAAGAAAGAAAAACAAAAAUUGCAGGAGUUUUCUUAAUCUUUGGGGUAAAGCCAUUUUUUAAAUAAUUUUUUGUUUACUUAGUUUAAGAUGGUUCUGUGUAAUGGAUUUAAUGCUGAAAAUGUGGAAUUAUACAUCAUAAAUAAGAACCUAAAGUGCCUAAAACCUUUUCAUUCUGCAGUUUAUGCAAAGAAAAGCAUCCCAAGUUAACCAAUUACUUGUGUUAUUUGUUGUUGUGAUACAGAAAUUAUAUGACAUUUUAUCUCAAAAUUUUGAAACUGUAAAUAUAGUAAUUUUGUUGAAUUAACAUUUUCAUAACUAACCACAUGUUUUCUUUUAGAGUAGUGCUUCUCAUCCCGCUUAGUUUCCUUCGUGGACCUCUGUCUUUUUUUUUGUUUUGUUUUUUUGUACCAAAAACCUAAUCCAGCGCUUGGGCUACAGCACUGCCACCUGUAGAAGCUAAGCCUUUCCUCUUUAGAGGAAAUGAGAUAACAGGAUAAGGUUUGGUUUUUUAACUCCUUGAAACUGAAGGUGGGUUGCUCACCUAUUUGUUUUAGAAAUCUGCUGAAUCAUUUAAAUGUUGUUCAAUAUAAAGACUUAACAGGGGUCUGACUUGACCCCUGUUUUGAUACAGGAUUGCUUCAUAUAAAUCAUACAGAUUAUAAUGCAUUAAGAUUCGGCUUUGUAGCACAUUCACGGUGCUGUGAACAAAUAAUUUCACCCUUGCUGAUGAAAUCUGCUUUUGCUCUUUUGUCACACCAGUUUCAGAUCAUCAAACAAAUUGUAACAUCAGACUAAGAAGAACCAAGUAGAUAUAUAAUGCAAUUUUUAAAUGAUAAUUUCAUUUAUUAGGGACAGAAGCUAGCCAAAAAUUUCUACAUAUGCCCUGUUAUUCUACAAAAUAUUUUCUUAAAGGUCUUGGGUGUAUCAAGGUGAUGGUUAGCAACGUGAGGUGGCCCUUUGUGAUUUUCUUUUUAAUCAGUUCUAUUUUUUUGGAUGUCUUUUUUUGCCCCUUCAUUAUUGUUCAACCAAGAUUGAUGAUCUCAACUGAGGGAGAUGUUCUACUGUCACCUCCUGGAUCAGUUCUCAUUGUGCUCUUGGACUUAAUUUUAGCAAACCAGCCACUCCUGGGAAGAUUUAACUCUAUUCUAAGUAUUUGUGGUUAAUGGGUCCCAGAAGUGAAGAAAUUGUUUUCUAAUCCUUCCCAGGCUACUACAGGUCUGGAAAGUCUGUUUCUCAUCUUUUUAUUGGAUUUCUUUUGACUGGGGUACAACGUGUUGCCUUUGGAGAUUAUUAGCCUUUUUCUUGUAGACAGCCACAUUCCAUUUAGGAGAUCUCUUGAUUUUUACAGAUCUGGUUAUGAUCAGGCCUGAGUAUGACUUGUAAAAUUAAAUUUUGACAGUUAAACAUGGUUUAACACAGGAGUGGUUAUUUUUUCCAGAAAAAUUUGGACUGGAUAGCUCUUUCUCUUAAUACAUGAAACAAUUUAAUAACUACUUUUUGCACUUAGCCAAAAUUUGCUAAAAUUUGUUUGUGAAUCAGAAGCAUUUAAGUUUGACAAUAUUUUUUACUGUCCUGUUCAACUUGGUGAUUCAUGUUGACAUUUAUCUCACGUCAGCACUGAAAAGUUUAAACCAAAUGGAAAGUCUACAUUUCAGAUUUGAGACAGUAGUCUAAAUAUAAACUCAUUUACAAACUCAUUCAGCUAUUUCAGUGUCACAAAGCACAAAUUAAUAAUGCAUAAUACUAUUGUAUGAUUUAAUGAAGUGUUAAAACAGAUUUCAGUUUGUUUUUUACUUAAAUAAUUGUUGGGUUUGUAUUUAAGUCUUUGUUUCUGUCUACAUAAAGUUUUCUAUCUUCAUGUACCAAAAAAAAAAUGUAUAUAAAAUGUCUCAGUGGAACGAUGUAUCACUGCCUCUUUGUUAAUUCCCUUUAGAAACAAAAAUCUAACAAAACAGGCCAGAUGACUUUAAAUAAUACCGUUGAAUUCAGGAUGAUUGGAUCAUAUAACAACAAAUGUUAAUGAAGAAAGUUUGGUGGAGUUAAAAUUAGUCUUUUAAAACAUAAAAACAUUGUCGUUAGAAAUAAUAUCAAGCCUGGCAGUGAUAGUAAAAUGCUGUGAAGAUUUUUUAAAACUAUUUGUACUUCUUAAAAAACUAUUCCAUAAACAAGGUGAGAUAAUAAAGAACAGGUAUUACUUCACAUUUUUAACUCCACUUCAACAGUGAUUGUUGAAAUAAACAUAAAUCAGUCCGUUCCAGAUUUUUCA